GAUCUAGAGAUUAUGAUCUGCCGCCACCUGGCGGAGGCACCGAGCGGUGCAGGCGUGCGCGGCCCCUACGUCAUGCAGCAACAAGGAAGUGGCGGCCGGACGAGCAGCGCGAGUACAGGCGCUCCAUGGAGAAUUAUUCACCGCUGAGAGUCAUCGGAGAAGGAUCUUUCGGCCGCGCUUUGCUAGUCCGGUGCAAAAGCAGCCAGGAGAAGUAUGUGGUCAAGGAAAUCCAGCUGCCCACGAAUCCGUCAAAGUUGGAGAAUUCAAGGAGAGAAGCCGUGCUCCUGUCCAGAAUGAAACAUCCCAACAUCGUGGCCUUCAGGGAGGCAUUCGAAGCCGAUGGCCUCCUGUGUAUUGUCAUGGAGUACUGCAGGGGAGGAGACCUGCUCCAGAGGAUCCGGCAACAGAAAACUACGCAGUUCUGCGUUGAUGAUAUCUUGAGGUGGUUUGCUCAAAUGUGCGCAGGCGCAAAGCACAUCCACGAUAAACGGGUUUUGCACAGAGAUCUGAAGUCCAAGAACAUUUUCCUGACAGAUAGAGGGACAGUCAAGCUCGGGGACUUUGGCUCAGCGUGUAUUCUGAACAGCUCCAAGGCUUUCGCUCAUACUUAUGUUGGGACACCAUAUUAUGUGGCACCAGAAAUCUGGGACAACAAGCCGUACAACAACAAGAGUGAUGUGUGGUCCUUGGGCUGUGUUCUCUACGAGCUCUGCACCCUGCGACACCCGUUCCAGGCAACCAGCUGGAAGAGCCUGAUCCUUAAGGUGUGUCGGGGUGCGUACCCUCCCCUCCCCAACCACCUGCCCUACGAGCUGCAGUAUUUGAUCAAGCAGAUGUUUAAGACGCACCCGAAAGACAGGCCGUCCCUGCACACCAUCCUGGCCUGUCACCGGGUUUCCAAGCUCCUGCGUCCACAUAUUACCUCGCAGGUGAUAGAGAAGGAGGAACAGGGGAGGCGUACUGGUCGAUGGAACAGGGAGGAGGGGAAGAAGGUGGCUAAUCUCCUGGGAGAGAAGAGUUUAAUAAAAGCGUCAAUAUCUGAAGGCAUGGAGUUGUCUGAGGGUCACUCUGACCGCAGAGAGCCCGGCCGUCGAAAGCAGUGGGCCACUGGGGGCUCUGUGCUGCAGGUGUUGGCCGAUGCCAGCCUCGUCUCGUCCGGCAGCAUGGCAUCGACCGGCCAGACCCUCGCAGGCUCUACUCAUGGAAGCCUGUCAGAGGAGCCAGAGGACAGCAGGCAGAGGAGACAAUGGGAGAAGGAUCCUCCCGAGAGGCUUCUGAGUCUGUUGGAGAAGGCCCGGCUGAGCAGAGCCUUCAGCACCUUUUUAAUAAACAGAGGAGGUGACGACCUGCUGAUGGGACCCCUCUCCCAGCCGCAGGGGGACGCCACCGACGGUCUUGAGCUGGAAGUGGCCGUAGACGAGGACAGGCUGCAGCCGCGCUCAGAUGACGAGGACACAGACUUUGAGGAAGAAUCUCCAUGUGACUGGAUUGAUGAAGUUGAAAGAAUGUUUUCCGAGCACUAAAGCCUCUUUCCCUCGCAGCCUUCGCGGUCACAAGGCCGUCAUUAUUAAUGUAUGCAUUUGUUUUAAAACGCUAGCUGUUUCCACAUGACGAAACCAUUUCAACUUGAUGUAUGUGAGACCAGGUCUUGGUCUUAUUAAUGAGGACCGGUUUUUAUAGCUGGUUGUAGCCAAGAUAAUGAAAAUCCAGUUAAGCUCAGACAGUGACAGUGAGACAGAAAGUUUUUUUUUUUAAAUAUUGUAUGUUUCAAGCUCUGCGCUGGUUUGUGUGAACUUGAUCACAACACUAAAUUUGAACUGAAUAUUCUUCAACCUGUUGUGGCAAAACCUUUUUUCACAUAAAGAACGCUUGAGAUA